GCGGAACCCGCUGGCACUAGGGAAAGCUUCCAACACACAAUCCACAACACAGCUUGGGAACUCAAAAGCUACAGAUCUAGCCACUCAACCCCAAGCAUUUCAGAACCGUGUGCAUUCUCUCAGCACAAGCAAGGAAAGGGGGAAAAGAGCUAGUGCAGAGUACUGAAAGGCAGAAUUUAAAAGUGCAACUACCUGCUGGAAAAGCAGCUCUUUUUCUUCGCCGAAGCACUGCCUUUGAUGAGGUAAAAGCAUUUAAUACAGAAGCUCUGGCAGUGUGAAAUUAAGCUACAGAAAGUCUGGCACUGGAAAACUUCAUCAGAUAACAGGGAGAAAGGUUUAAUUGUAAGAAAUGGAUGCCAAAGGAUUACAAGGAGAUGAUAAACUGAAGAUGCUCGUAAUUUUACUAGCAUAUUUGCUAAGUAGGGUAAUUUGUGAGACUGGAGACUGCAGAGAGCAAGAAUUUAGGGACCAGACUGGAAACUGUAUCCUCUGCAAACAGUGUGGGCCUGGAAUGGAACUCUCAAAGGAAUGCGGCUUUGGAUAUGGGGAGGAUGCACAGUGCAUGACAUGCAGGCCAAACAGAUUCAAGGAAGACUGGGGCUUUCAGAAGUGCAAGCCUUGUCUGGAUUGUGCAUUAGUUAACCGGUUUCAGAAGGCCAACUGUUCUGCCACCAGCAAUGCACUAUGUGGAGAGUGUUUACCAGGAUUUUAUAGGAAGACUAAGCUUGGAGGCUUUCAAGACAUGGAGUGUGUUCCUUGUGGUGAUCCUCCUCCUCCCUAUGAGCCUCACUGUACCACCAGGGUAAAUCUUGUGAAGAUCCCUUCAACUGCUUCCAGUCCCCGAGACACUGCUCUGGCAGCUGUUAUAUGCAGUGCACUUGCAACAGUGCUCUUGGCUCUCCUCAUUCUUUGCGUUAUCUAUUGUAAGAGGCAGUUUAUGGAGAAGAAACCAAGCUGGUCUUUGAGAUCACAAGACAUUCACUACAAUGGCUCUGAAUUAUCAUGUUUUGAUAGACCACGGCUAAAUGAAUAUGACCACAGAACAUGUUGCCAGUGCCAGAGAAGCACAUCACAGACAUGUGGACCAGUUCACUUGAUUCCAUCCCUGUGCUGUGAUGAAACCUGUAGCAUGGGUCACAGCUGUGCUUUCCACUCACAGACCACACUUAAUGAAAGAGCUGCUGAUUCUGUUGGAGAAAUGAUUCCUGCUUUCCUUGGUUCUCUUUCACACUCUGCCUGUGGAGACAUUCCAGAUGCUUGGCCUCUUAUGCAAAACUCAGCUUGUUGUGACAGUAUUUCUAUCUGUGAAUCAUAUUCAGAACUGGCUGGAGGAUCUGCAAAAUCCUGCAGCCCUGAGACUGAAAAUGCAGCCACUGUUGAGUUGGAUAAUAACCGGGAAAUAAGUGAAGUACUUAUUUCAGCUAAGUCUCUUGAUGGAAAUGUUGCAAAGUCCUUUGAAAUCUCCAAACACAGCACAUGCAUAGAAGUUUCAUCACUUCAGAACUUGGUGACUGCUGAAACCCAGCCAAAGACAAAGUGUAAUGGAACAACAAAUGACUCUACAGAUUGAUAAGGAGGAACCCAAGCUUUUUCUCUCAGAACUAAAGCUGAAUGUUUCCCUCAUGCUCCUCUGCUGAUUUUCAUCAAACAUAGUCUGGUCUUCAGUGUUGCAUGCUUUCAAAACCAGCUGGAAAAAAAUGGCAUCACUUCACACCUUCUGAGCAAUUGUUUUGGAGGUGUAACAGCUGUAAAGUGAAACUUCAAAGAGCAUCCUAGGAGAACCCUCAAAGUGGAUUUAUGACCUUCUGCAUCUCUUCUUUUCCCUCAGAUUCUCAAAACAUGUAGUGGAGUGAGCUUAGUAGUGUAUAUAAAUACAGCAAAAAUAUAAAUACUUGAGUGUGAUUAGGUGGGUCUCUUAAAUAUGGCUACAGAUGUCAGAAGGCGUGGGACAAGAUGUUGCCAGUUAUUCUACUUGCAGAUUUAUGCAUGCAUUAAAAUUCUUUUUUCUGCUGGUUCUAAUUUUAAAUCAUCUUCCUGCUCUUGAAGGACGUAAAAAGUAAACAUUUCUAUUUAUGCAAGGGUUAUCUAUUGAUAAACUGAAGCUUUUAUUAUAUAUUACAUUAUAGUCAAUAAGCUAUUUUGGGGAGUUAAAGAAUUAGUGUGUUACGGUAUGUACAGUUAAAGUCCCCUUCAUCCAAUUAUUACAUUUAUGGGAAGUCACAUUGUUCUGUUAAAUAUAGCAGGAGAUUAGCUUUAAAUUAGUUUUAGUUUAAUGAAGGUCAGACAUAUAGAUAGGGAUGUUGUGUUUAAUUGGUAGUCUCAGUAUUUGAAUACAGCACUUGUUGUUAUAGCACAUAAUUUUUGGAUGUUGAAAUAAAUGUAAUCAACUGUCACAUCAAAAUUUCCAACGAUAGCAGGUGCGCCAUGAAAGUAUUAAUACAGUGAGACUGUUAAUAAGACUUUUUAUUAAUGCAUUCUUUUUAAAGGUCAAGCUUCAUGGUGACCUAAUUCGUUCAUUUAGGAGUCCUUAUUUCAUUCAUGGCACUCUGUCCUUCUCACUGUAGUAUUGUGUCAAUUCAAAUUUUCCACACUAAAUAUAAAACCUAAUUCAUAACUUUUU